CGAAUUUUACGUUUACCUGGUUCUGGCCGUUGGUUGAAGAACCGGUUCUACAAGGUGAAGUUGCUUAAUGCUUAAAUCUAAAAACCAAAAUAAAGGAAAAAGAAUAAGGAGAUCUUCUUAACUCAUCAGCAAUGUCUACACUAGGGAGGAAGUCCCCAAGUGUAGUAAGCAAUGGAUCCAGGCUUUCAGUUUAUUCACAUGCAUCAACCACACGCUCCACACGCACACUUGGAGGACAACAUAGAGGGAAAACCUUGAAGUCCCAGAAGCUACAAUGGUGGGAAAAACCUAUAAUACAGAGUGCUUUCUACACAGAUCUUACUUCAGGAGCUUGGCAUGCUACAUUUUAUACACUGUUCCUGGCAUUCUGGACUGCGAUGUGGUCUAUUUUUGAUAUCUACUGCCUAGUUGAAGCUAGUCCAGGGAGUAAUCACACCGGAUAUUAUAUAUUCAGCUUCGAAUUUGUCUACGUUGGAAACCAUCACGUUCGGAAUAUUCUGAUGAUGUCGAGCUUGUUCUCUCUCGUCUUCUCCAUCCUCAUCUUCAUCAACAGCUGUAUACUCCUCGACGCACUCAGGCUGGAAAAAGAAACCGGAUUCAAGGGUUGGCUUUACACCAUGGGGGCCUUCACCCCCUGGAAAAUUGUAGCCUGGGUUUACCACAGUAUCGUCAAUGAUAUCAUCUUUGGAUACCACAUCUUCAUGUUCAUCACCUGGUUUUUCAUCAAUAUCCUUGAUGUACUCGCUGUGCUUGUCAUCUACUCUCUCUACAUCGAGCUGACAGGAGUCUCGAAGCUAGAAAACUUGGCCAAGAUAAAGAUGGUGACAAUGAGUUCUCGAGCUAACAGUAUGUAUGGUUCACGUCCUACGAGUCCAGGGGUUCGUGGUUCCAUCCCAGCAGGAGGGGUUCCAUAUACAGGGUUAAGCACUGGUCCUCCAAUCAAUAAUCUUCCAUCAAACUAUAGUAGGGAAGGAUCAUAUGCUCAGCAAGAUAUUCCUAAACGACAAUCUCACUUCUAAUUUCUACA